ACGAAACGACCAUCUCUCCAGUGACUAGUGCGAAAGGAAGAUGGCGACUAAGCUCGCAGCGCUCAUCGCCUUGGCCGCGUUCCUCGCCGGGCCGGCGGCGUCCGAGGCCGCCAGCAUUUGCUUCAACGGCUGGCUGAAGCUACCCACCUACAACCCGGUGCUCUGUCGCCCCAGGCCGGACGUUCAGACGCGGCAGAGGAGACCUGCUCCCUCGGGGUCAGGGCUCACCUCCGGCUAUUACAACACCAGGUGUCCCAGCGCAGAGAAGAUCGUCACGGAUGCCGUGAAGAAGGCCGUGGAUGCGAAUCCUGGCAUUGGUGCCGGGCUCAUCCGCCUCUUCUUUCACGACUGCUUCGUUCGGGGUUGCGAUGGUUCCGUCCUUCUCAACACGACCAACUCCAAGAACAGCGACACGGAGAGGGAAGGCCCUCCCAACCAGAACAGCCUCCGAGGGUUCGAGGUGGUUGACGAGGCCAAGGCGGCGAUCGAGGCCGCCUGCCCCGACACAGUCUCAUGUGCUGACAUCGUCGCCUACGCCGCCCGCGACGCGUCCUACUUUCUCAGCGACCGCAAGAUCAACAUCCAGAUGCCGGGCGGUCGCUACGACGGCCGCGAGUCCUUCUCCAACGAGACCGACCAGCUGCCCGGGCCCUUCUCCAACCUCACGGCGCUCCAGGGGAGUUUCGCGGCCAAGGGACUCACCUCCGACGAGAUGGUCACGCUCUCCGGCGCGCACACCAUCGGCCGCGCCCGCUGCUUGUUCUUCUCCAGCCGCUUCUCUGAGAUGGACUCGGCAUUAGCCGCCAAGCUCAGGGCCCAGUGCGGCAACGACAACAACAACGUGAACCAAGACGAUGUGACCCCCGACGUUCUGGAUAAACAAUACUACCAGAACGUGGUCGACAAGAAAGUGUUGUUCACCUCGGACGCCGUGCUCAACUCGACGGAAACAAUAACGCAGGUGACAGAAAACGCGAACAUGGCCGGGGCGUGGGAGAGGAAGUUCGAGAAAGCCAUGGAGACUAUGGGGAAAAUCGGGGUCAAGACCAUAGGCAACCAGCAAGGCGCAGAGAUCAGGAAGGUAUGCUGGAGAGUCAACAGCUAAUGCGGCUCCAUGUCUGGUUCCCCCCCUGGAGGAGAUCUAACUUUGCCUAGCUAGUGCCGUUGUUGGUUUUCUCAUAGUAAAACUCUGUAUGUGUGUGUUGUGGUGUAUUAUACUAAAACUCUGUAUGUGUGUGUGUUUUGAUAUAUUAAUAAAGAUAUAAUAAUAUAUAAGUAA